AUGUUGGGUUUCGACAAGUUCUCUGCCGCCUGGCUUAUGGCCAUUAUGUCUGUCAAGCCAGUGACAUCGACCCUUCUCUAUGCCGCUUCGCACGCCGGAACCGUCACCACCCUCGAUCUUCAGACUUCAGAAUCAGGAACGACUUUAAAGGCGAUUGCAACGAACACUGAUUGCGCGGCGAACCCUUCUUGGCUUACCCUCGACCAAUCAAAGUCUCUGCUCUACUGCGCGGACCGAGGACUCACCAACCCCAAUGGCACGCUCGUUUCUUUUCAAAAGUCUGAGAAGGGAACUCUCGAGCUGCUGGGAAAGCUACCUACCAUCAAAGGGGCUGUGAGCUCCGUUGUGUAUGGCAAGAAUGGUGGAGGCAUUGCCUUGGCCUCUUACCCGGCGUCAUCCUUUGAAGUGUUUUCCGUGGAGGAUCCGACCGACAUCAAAAGGCUUCAAUCUUGGACAUACACUCUGAGCCAGCCAGGACCGAAGCCGGCACAGAAUGCCCCGCAUCUCCACGAGGCCAUCCUUGACCCCACGGGGCAGUACGUGCUAGUGCCGGAUUUGGGAGCGGAUUUGGUCCGGGUUUUCUCAAUCAACCAUGAAUCCUACCAACUGACGCCCGUUACCCCACUGAAUGCCGCAGUUGGCAGUGGUCCAAGACACGCCAGAUUCCUCGUCACCAAGGAAAAGACUUACUUCUUUGUUAUUGCUGAGCUUGGAAACAUCGUCACCACGUACGAAGUUCAUUAUGGUCUCCACAAGACCUUGAGCUUCACGGAAGUUUUCAGCGUCGGUACCCACGGUUCUGACAACACGGUGCCCGUUGGAGCUGCAGCAGCUGAAAUCCACAUUUCUCCCGACUCUGAGUAUCUUGUUGUCUCUUCGCGAAACGUCAGCACCUUCAGCAUUCCAAACUUUGAUACCACCAACAGUACCGAGAUCAAGAGCGACGCUCUCGUCACCUUCAAGAUUGAUCACAAGACCGGCCACCUGGGCUUCACUCAGAUCUUCCCGUCGGGUGGCAUGAUCCCCCGACAGUUCUCGAUCAACAAGGCCGGUACCCAGGUUGCGGUGGGUCUGCAGCAGGAUGGUCGGGCGGUCAUCAUCGACCGCGAAGUGAGCACCGGUCUUCUGAAGGGGUUCGCCGCGAACAUUUCUAUCGCAGGUGAAGUUGUUUGCGUAAUUUUUGAUGAGUGA